AUGGCGACACAAGACAACCACGGUCCGGAUGGCCUCAACGGCCUCAAUGUCGACACCGCCGUCGACGCUGACGCCGACCCUGGCUUGGCCCUCAGGGAGGCAUUCAGAACAAUGCGUUUUGAGUAUCGACAUCCAGCCGGCAAGGAGGCAUACGAGUUUUUGCGAACACAGUUACCGGCCCUCAUGUCAGAGAAAUACACCCAUUACCACAAAAUGGUAGACUAUGGGAAUCUCGCCCUCAUGCAUGAAGUUAUCGAGGCCGACGAUGUUCCGGCUAUGCGCGACCUGAUCCGCAUGGAGCCGGACCUGAUCAAGUCGGAUUGGGACGGAGAAAUGCUGUGCCCGCCGAUGGUGUUGGCCGCGCGGCUAGGCCGGCACGCUAUCCUGGAUGUUAUGAUGAAGCACCGGGCCACGCUCCCACCCAAGAUGCGCGUUAUUAUCCCAGAGUACCGGAACGACGACCACUAUCUUCGAUGGGGCUCGCCGCUGACAACGGCCUGUGCAUGGGGCCGCCUCGACACAGUGCGCUUCUUACUCCAGGGCAUGCCCGAUACGGACAUCAACGAGGUGGCCCUCGACGGCUUGACACCACUGUUGGCCGCCGUCUGGGUCCAAAUCGGUCCGUCUGAGAAAAAAGCGCGCGUUGAGCUGAUUCGUUUCUUGCUCGAGCGUGGCGCCGACAUCUACGCCGUUCGCCAAAAAUAUGAUUACAUAUCGCCAGACAAGACUUCUGGAAAGGGAUUCGACGAAAACGGCAAUGAAUGUCCGAUUGGGUGGCGGACACGUCCCGGCGGGAUCGGCAACGCACUGGCUCUGGCGUUGAGCUCCGGCCGCACAGCUCCCGGCGUCGUCGCGGUGCUCGUCGAGGCCGGCGUGAGGGUGUAUGAGGGCCACUUGGAUAGAGUCUCUAUCAUCGAUAUACCAGAUGAAGUCAGCCGUUUUCGCCGUGCCAAGGUCUACAUUUCACCCAUUGCUGUCGGUGCAAAAAGCCACAAUGUCGACGGCGUGAAGGCGCUCUUGGCGCUCUUCCCCGACGACCACACCCGCCUCCUGACCACGAUGGAUGUAGUCCUUCUGCCCCAGGUGCCUCAGCCUCCAACGCCGCUACGCGAUCCAGAUGACGACGUCCCAGACAACGAGGUCGCCGUCCUGCUGCCCCUUCAUGCGGCGGCAAUGGGCACGGUUCGUCUCGAAGAACCAACGCUGGAUUCUAUCACGGACGAAUGUAAAACAGCCGUGGACAUGGUGCGGCUGUUCACCGCCGACAAAGCCAUUUGCGCGGCCACCAUCAAUGCCCGCUACCGCGGACACUACACUCCGCUGCACUUGGCCACAGGGUUCCAUCAAAUGCCACUGAUGCUGGCACUGAUUGAGCGUGGCGCUGAUAUCGAGGCUCUGCCCCGCCACAAUGGCCCCGGACUUAUCCUGUCCAUUUUCUCGUCCGUCUCCCGCAACUCCCACUGCAGCCAUGUGCGGUAUGAAGCGUCGCCCUGGUUUGCCGCCGAAAUGGACGCAUCCUUCGACGUCAUGGGCAUGCUCAAGCAGCUUCUCGCACGAUACAGGCCAACGGGCAAGGACGCACAGCUCGAUGCGCAAAACGCAGCCACCCGUCUCGCCCUCGUCAAUGAGGCCGACGCCAGGAACGGCAACACGGCGCUCCACUUUACCAUGGCUUAUCGCAUGCAUCGGUCGACCGCUGCGCUGCUGGCCUUUGGUGCGCGGGCCAAUGCUGUCAACCACGCGGGACAGGUGCCGUCCGCACCACCACCUGGAGAAAAGCCGUCGUUUUAG